AUGGCGCCAAAGAAGGCCACCGCGAAGAAGCCGGACCCGAAGAAGACCUACGACUACUCUGGUCUUGAGAAGGGCAUGAAGUGCCAGGCCGAGUCCGAUGGGAAGUUCUUUGCCGCCGAGGUCGUGGACGUCUCCACGUCCAAGAACCGCGCCAAGGCCCCCGUGAAGGUCACCUACACGGGCUACGAGGGCUACGACGAGUGGGUGGGCGGAGACCGCCUCAAGUCGAAGGCCCUGAAGGUCACCGUUGAGAAGCCGGAGCCGAAGGAGAGAAGAAGCCGCGCGAGAAGCCCGUCUUCUACUACUUCCCCUUCGCGGGCCGCGGCGAGCUGA